CUUUCAUUCCUGAGAGAGAGAGAGAGAGAGAGAGUCAUUCCAGAAUCAGUCAUAUUCCUCCUAAAGCUCGAGAGAUUAGAUUUCGCAAAGCCCACGGGAGCCGAGAGCAAUGGCUGAAGAGAAGGUGAUCGAGGAAGUUGUGCGCUAUCGAUGUUCCAAGGAGAAGGUGAUCAAGAAAGUGAACCGCAAAUCCCCUGUGGAGAGGAUCAAGAAAGUCCACGAGAAGAAGCUCGAGAAGAAAGAAGGCGAGAAGUCGAAGGAGGCGGGAAGAAGAAGGAUGAGGAUAAACGAAAAACGAAAGAGGGAGGAAGAGACAAGCGUAAAGGAGACGGCGAGAAGAAAGAAGUCAAGAAGCGGAAGGAGGCAAAGAAGAAGAAGGAUGGGGAUAAACCAAAAAAGAAAGACGGAGGGAGGACAUGGCUUAGCGUUGCAUGUACGUGUUUUACUUGCUAAAGGUUUUAUAUUUUAUCAGUUGUGCUUAGUUGGAGGAUCUGUCAAAUUUGGUGGAUAUUUGAAUUUGAUCAUAUGAGGACAGUAAAGGAACAGCAAGGUUUGGUGGGAAGGUCGAUGAUUUUAUGAUUCUGUUUUCUGAAAUAGGAUGAGUAGGUGGUUUGGUAUUUUAAACAGAUUAAAUUACCAGUUACCAGUUGUUGAAGUUUUAAUCAAUGAGGACAGCUGAUUCAAAUCAA